CCUGCCUGGCCAUAACAACUGGUUUGGCUCUUCAGGACACUGGUAGAAGAUGCUGCUUCUCCUUCUGCUCGCAAGCUCUUUUCUCCUUCUCCCAUGGGCUGGGGCUGGAAGGAUCAUUGGCGGAUGGGAAGCUAAGCCCCACUCCAGGCCCUACAUGGCUUAUUUAUCAAUUCAAAGUGAGUCAGGUAGACAUAGAAGUAAAUGUGGAGGAUUCCUGAUUCGCCCAGAUGCAGUGCUCUCAGCAGCUCACUGUGUGGCUGGGAAAAAGAAUGUGAACAUCACUGUGACCCUGGGAGCCCACAACAUAAAUAAGAAUGAGCCGACCCAGCAGGUGUUCCAUGUUGGACACUGGGUCAUCCACCCCAAGUAUUCAGGAUAUACCAGUGAAAAUGACAUCAUGCUGCUGAAGCUGAAGCCAAGGGCCAAGCUGACUAAGUCAGUCAGUUAUAUCCCCUUCGCCAGAUACAAGGAGCGUGUGGAACCGGGAACUACGUGCCACGUGGCUGGCUGGGGCUGGACAUCAAGGUCAAGGGAUGUGACUAGUGUGCUGAUGGAGGCGGACCUAAAGGUGCAGCGUGAAAAUAUUUGUGAGGACUCCUUCAAAAAGUACUAUCUGCAACAGUCUAUGAUCUGCGCUGGCGAUGAGAAUGGCAAAAAAGCAGCUUUCCGUGGGGAUUCGGGCGGCCCAUUAGUCUGCAACGGGAAGGCUCACGGCAUUGUUUCUUAUGGACCCCAAAAUUCCAUCUUCCCUAAAGUAUUUACCAGAGUCUCCUAUUUUGAACGAUGGAUACGUGCAGAGCUGAGGAAGUUUGCACUCCAAGACCAACCUGACUCUCCCUCCUCUGUCUAAAAUGCUCAGUGCCCCGUUUCCACGAUGCAUCAAACAUCUGCUGAUGUUCAGAGGCUUCCAGGGGCAGCUGAAAUGGAGUCAGAGAUGCCUUCAUGGCACAUGCACAGGCUUCUGAGCUAAGGAAUGUCUCCAUGGCAAGUUAAAAAUGCACGUCCCAAGUCCGCAGAGUUUCCCGUUAUUCCCUCCUCCCACUGCUGCUCCACAGUGCUACCUCCUGCUCUGCUUUCUGGCCACCAAUAAAAGCUUGUUCAAAGUU